UGACCCGGGUGUCCCUGGGCGCCAGACACAACAAUAACAACACGCUGGGCUCUUCCCUCCACCUGCUCUCUCUCUCACUCAUAUACUAUUAUCUCCUCCAUAUUAAGUAAUGGUGAAGAGUGUCAAAAAAAUGUCUUCAUCUACAGUAGGGAGCUUACACCAGUUCACUGAAAAUGAGGUUAAGGAAGUACGAGAUAAGUUACUAACGUGGUAUGACAUCAACCACCGAGUGUUACCUUGGCGUUCUGUUGCGGCCACUGAACCGGACCUCAAUAAAAGAGCAUAUGCAGUUUGGGUGUCUGAGGUAAUGUUGCAGCAGACUCAAGUUAGUACAGUGAUCAGUUACUUUGAAAAAUGGAUGAGAAAAUGGCCAAGUGUGGCAGAUUUGGCCAGUGCAUCCCUUGAGGAGGUCAACCAAGUCUGGACAGGUUUAGGGUACUACUCUCGGGCUCGGAGGCUUCAUGAGGGUGCAAUAAAGAUCAUGAAGGAAUUGAAUGGAGAAGUUCCAAACGAUCGUGAUUCGCUCAUUCGUCAUCUGCCUGGUAUAGGUCGCUAUUCAGGGAGUGCUAUAGCAUCCAUUGCUCUGGGCUGUGCUGUUGGUGUUGUUGAUGGAAAUGUUAAUAGAGUCUUAGCACGUGUCCGAGCGAUUGGUGCCGAUAUUAGUGUACAGUCAAGCGCAGAGCACAUGUGGAGUUUGGCAGAUAAGAUAGUUGACCCAGUGAGACCCGGAGACUUCAACCAGGCAAUAAUGGAGUUAGGGGCAACUGUUUGUACACCAAAGACUCCUACUUGUAGCGCGUGUCCUCUUCGGCUCCACUGUCUUGCAUAUCGUAGAAGUGAAAGCCAACAAGAAAAAGUGUCCAUAACCAGUCAUUUCAUAAAGGGUGAUGAGAAAAGGACUACAUUGCCAACUAGUGAUGUUCCUGAUAUUGAAUGCUUGUCUAAUUGUGACUUGUGCCUUCGACAGGAGGACUGGGAUGGGAGUCUUGGUGUUCAGAACUAUCCACGCAAGGCUCAAAAGACUAAGUCAAGACAGGAAUCAUCAGUUGUGGUAAUUUUGCAGAGUAAAAAUGAAAAGAUGCUUUUGGUCCAGCGACCAAAAACAGGGUUACUGGCCAACUUAUGGGAGUUUCCUAGCAUACCCUUAGCACAAAGUGAUGACCCAGACGAAGAAGUAAUUACCCAAUUGGUGAACCAGUUUGGUGUUCCACAUUCUUCUGCUUCUUCAAGGACUUUCAUUUCUGAUGUCAUUCAUAUUUUCUCACAUAUAAGACAGACAUACAAGGUAUUUAAGAUCUCGGCAUGUGACCAGAGAAAAGUGACUUGGCCAUCGAGAUACCAAGAUGGUCAGUGGAUGACCAAAGAAGAGUUUCUCACUUCUGCUACAUCAACUGCUAUGAAAAAGGUUUUCAAGUCUCUGGAACUCUCUUGUGAGCCAAAGUGUAAGAAUAAGAAGAAGAAGAAGGCUGGCCCUCUAGAACAGUCAUUGGAAACAAAGAAGCAGAAAACCAUCUCUCAAUUCUUCACCUCAGCUCUUAAGAAGUAAAUCUUAAGUAAUUUUUAUCAUGUAAAGUAAUUAAAUUUAAACAUUUGUUUUUUAUCAGUUAAUGCUCAAUACAAUUUAUUCAAAAUGUAAAUUUUUUAGUUUUAAUCUAAAUAAACACAUUGGCAUUUGAUUGUGAGUUUUGUAUAAGAAUGAUUGAAUUUAAACAUAUUGUAUAGAAAUACUGUAUACAUUUAUUAUGUAAAUAUAUUCAGUGAAUUGUAUUAUAUUAUAGAUCAAUAUUUUAACUAUUAGUAUACCUAUUAGUGUAUUUUAAGCCAUUAAAGUAUUUUAUACA